AGUGAAAAUAUGUGUCAUAGACAUAUGACACAUAGUAAUGGCCCACUAAGUUGACCAUCUGGGUCAGUCUGUUCCAAAGGUGUUGAAUGCUUAAUAAUUUGGCAAGCGCUGUCCAAUUGUUAAUAUUCCGGCUACAAACGUCAAUCACUAUAAAACAGUUGCCUCCUCAUUUCAAGUCAUCACUCAAGGACUCGACACUAAUCAGCCAAUAUCGUUCUAGCUGAGAGACCACGAUGUAUUUCACGUUGAACUGCCUAGCCUUCCUCGCAACCCUCAUCGGCCAGGCCAUCUCAGCUCCAUCGGGCUUUUUCGGACCUCCGCCACCUGUUUUCGGCACCCCCUUUCCGGGUCCGCCCCUGGCACCCAGCUUUGUUACAGCGCGCAGCUCGCAGGUCAUCGCCAGGAACUACAAUGCACUUUUCCUAGCGCCGCCCCAACCCGUAUAUGCACCGGCCUAUCCUUACCCGGCCUACCCUCCAGCCUUUGAACCCAGUUAUUUCUUUUGAUUUUCCUAAUUCAUCCUAAAUAGGACGCUUAUGUUUUCUUUUUUGUUUUUUAUAUAUUGUUGUAUAAUAAAAUUGUAAGUUUUGUAUGAA